UAUAUUUUUCAUUGGUGGUCUGUCUCUCAAUAUCGUAAUGGUUUGUGCAUAAAGGUUUUCGUAUUGUCGAGUCCAGGCAAAGCAUCAUUAUUCAAAGAUUACGACUGCGAAACAAAUUUGAGCAUUUCUAACGUUAUUAAGAGCUCCGGUAAAUGAUGGACAUCAUGAACACUUUUGAUUUUCACACACAAUUAACAUCCAUAAUGGAAGUGUUGGCGAAAGCAGCUGUUGUUGAAAUAGGCAAACUUUUUGAGGAUAAUUAUUCUUUGUUGGGAUUAGAGAUAUCGCGAUGUACAAACGAAAACGACUCUUUGAGAAAGAAAUGUCUGUUUCUGGAGACUGAACUUCAGGCUGCCCGGAGAAACGCCAGCAGAAUGAACGAGACUGAAGCUUCAUUCAGCGUCAGCGACGGACCGACAGACACUGGACAUCGUCCUGCAAUUGACAAUGUGUUUGGUAAGGACUGGUGCAUGGACUUGUGGAGACACCAGGAGUCAAACAUUUGUCAAAAUGAGGACACAAAUCUGAGCUCUUCAGUUAACACAGUAGAGACAGUAAAUGUGUUGGAUAACAAACCAGAUCAAAACCUGAUUAAGGAUGAGACGUUUGAGGAUUGCCCAAGUAAAAAUAAAUCUGAAGAUAAAAGCAACAAUUUGAGAAAUACAGGACCUGCAGUGGGCAGCAAUGAGAGAUGUGAGGCUGAGACUUCAGCAGAUUUUAUCACAUACACAAUACCUACAUGUGACCAAGUGCAAUCAAACCUACAGCAGAGACGCCCUAAAAAGAAAAAAACUCCUAAAGCAAGGCUUUCUACACAUGAAAACAGUCCAACACAGCCACAUUUGAAAACUGAUGAGCUUGUUUCAACUUUUACCAGUAGUGUUAAAUUCAGCAGUACACAAAACCAGAAAAGUGCUUCAGAAGAUAAAAAGAUUAAAUGUCUACUUUGUGGAAAAACGUUCAACCAUUUAAGCAACCUGAAAGUACACUUGCGGACACACUCUGGAGAAAAACCUUUUGCUUGUACAAUUUGUGGCAAACGAUUUGCUAAAAAAACAUACCUAGGAGUACACCACCGGAUUCAUUCUGGUGAGAGGCCGUACACGUGCAUGGACUGUGGGAAGAGUUUUUCCCAAAAUUGUUCUCUUACUGUGCAUCUCCGAAGCCACACCGGAGAAAAGCCUUAUAGUUGUGUCGAAUGUGGUCAAAGCUUUGUGUACAAACGUGGUUUUAAUACACACCAGUGCAAUAGUCUCCCGUUGAUGGGCGAUAUGAGCACUGUUGAUUUUCAGACACAGUUAACAUCCAUAAUGGAAACGUUGACGAAAUCCGCUGUAGUUGAAAUAGGGAAGCUUGUCGAGGAAAAUAGUUUGUUUCUACGAUUAGAGAUAACGCGAUGUACCCGUGAAAAUGAAUCGCUGCUACAGAAAUGUCGUUUUUUGGAGAGUGAACUACAAUCCGCCCGGAAAACCGCUGGAAAGAUGAACCGGACAGAAGCUUCAUUCAGCCAUUCAGCAGUGACCGACACUGGACAUCAUCCAGUAGACAGUGUCUUUGGUAAAGAAUGGUCUAUGAAUACAUGGAGACAGGAAUCACACAUCAUUCAACAUGACAAUGCACAUCUAGACUCCAUAGUCAACACAGAAGAGUCAGCAAAUCUGCUGGAUGAAGCCCCAGACAUGAUCCUGAUCAAGGAGGAAACAUUUGAAGAUUGCUCAGGGAAAAGUAAAUCCGAAGAAGAGCGAGGAAACACUUUGAGAGGACCUGCAGCGGACAGCAAUGAGAGAUGUGAGCCUCAGAGUUCUGCAGAUUUCUUCACAUACACAAUACCUACAGAUGACCAAGUGAAAUCAAACGUACAGCAGAGACAACCCGAUAAACAAACGCCUAACGCAAGACUCACUACACAUGGAGACUGUACAACACAGCCACCUUUCGACACCACCCCAAACCAAACAAGUAUUGCAGAAGAGAAAAGAUUUGAUUGUGUAUUCUGUGGAAGAACCUUCAACAAACUAACAUACCUAAAAGCACACAUGCGGACACACUCCGGAGAAAAACCUUUCGUUUGUACGGUUUGCGGCAAACGGUUUGCCCAAAAAACAUAUCUGAGAAUACACCAGCGGACUCAUUCUGGUGAGAGGCCAUACACGUGCAUGGACUGUGGGAAAGGUUUUGCUCAAAAGAGCUCGCUUAACGUGCAUCUCCGAAGCCAUACCGGAGAAAAGCCUUAUAGUUGUGUCGAAUGUGGUAAAAGCUACACGUACAAACAGGGUUUUAAUACACACCAGUGUGCUAGACUCGUACAUGCUGAUGUGACCGAUUACUGAAUUCAAGUUUACUUUUAAGACAUAGUGUGCAUUAUGCCACCCCUUGAAACUAUGUGGGUUCAGAAGAAUCUUUGUCUUUAAGAAAUGUUUUAUACAGAAGCAUCUGGUAUUAACUAUAUAUUUAAAUGUUUUUAUUAAUUUAAACACACAUUUGAACAUCUUAAGAUGUUUUUAAACCUUUACUGAACAUGAAAUAAGCUAAAUAUAACCUAGCAGACAGCAUCUGCACAAGUGAGUAGAAUCUAUAGCCAAAAAUUAAAUGUUUUUCCACUUUCUGUAUUGUUGUGUUUUUUAUUGUGUUGCUGGAUGUUUUAUGUAAGGAAUAAUUGAUGACGGGCCGUUGAAUUAAUUGAAAAUAAUGCACACCCAAGGUGGUAAUGCGGGUUACAAAUAAUUUAAAGGAACACACCCACAUUUUGGAAAUUUAGCAUAUUCACCGUACCCCCCAGAGUUAGAUAAGUCCAUACAUACUUUUUCAUCCCCAUGCAUGCCGUAACUCUG